AUGCCGUUCGAGCAACUGCCAGUUUUGGAAGUGGACGGGAAACGUAUCGCUCGAUCAUACACAAUUUGUCGCUUUUUGGCAAGGCGAUUUGGCUUUGCUGGUCACACACCAUUCGAGGAAGCGAUAGUAGAUUCGAUAGUGGAUCAGUUUAGGGACUAUUUAUUUGAGACAAGACCGUUCUUAGUUUUACUAAUUGGCGUUGGAGAUGGUGAUGUGGAAACUCUCAAGAAGACAUUAUUUUUGCCCGAACGCGCGAAAUUGUUUGGUUUUAUGAAGAAUUUUCUGAAUGAUAGUAAAUCGGGUUACCUGGUUGGUGAUUCGGUGACUUGGGCGGAUCUGUGCUUGGCUGAACAUGUGGGAACUUAUGCAGAAUUGUUCCCGGAAAUGCUGGAAGGUUACCCUGAAAUCAAAGCUCAUACAGACAUGGUACGCAGCAUAUUUCAGCUAAAGCAAUGGAUAGAAAAACGACCAAAAACAAAAUUUUGA